AUGCUUCCACUCACCAAAUGGUUGGUGAAGGAUAACCCGAACGUCAAGUAUCAGGGUAUUGAGUCACGCUGUGCACUCAAGGUUCGCCGCGAUAGAUACCGUCUCAAGUACAAUAGACUGUGGCUGAGUACUGGGAAAGAUGACGGGCACCCCGUCGACGCCAUUCUUCUUCCAGCGGCCCCUGGAUGCCCACCACCCCACGGCAACUCCAAGUACUGGAGCUAUACAAGCCAGUGGAACAUGCUUGAAUACCCAGGAGCCGCAUUCCCGGUGACCGUCGUCGAUCCAGAGAUUGACGUAAAAGACACGAGUUAUGUGCCGAGGAAUGAUCAGGAUAAGUUCAAUUAUGAGUUGUAUUCUCCGGAGUGGUAUACGGAUGCGCCGAUCGGUCUGCAGCUUGUGGCGAGGAGGUUUGAGGUCGAGAAGUGCUUAGCGAUCUUAGAAGUUAUCGAACGAGCAAUGGGGAGGCCAUAG